UCGACUUGGGAUGAAUUGGGUGAUAAGGGCAAACAGGCGAUUCUAUAAACGAGUCGUGGGGGUCAAAGCAUGGGUUGCAGGUACAUACAUAGGAAGCUCCGAGCGUCAGCACUACCCUACGAGAUGUGGCUGACGAGAUGUGUGGAACGGCCGACGUCAAGACGAAGCGGAGUUUCGCCAAAGAUAAGCCGAUGUAAUCGGAUAGGGCAGGCCAGCGGCACAGCCGGCAGGACAAGUGUUGUUCGAAUUGUCGGACGCGUCGGACAUUUAAUGGCCCAGCCGGUCGCAGAUGUAUUGUGUUUUGGCUCCGGAGAGACGCCGUGUAUAACGUUAUUGCUCGAGCUUUCCUGGAUGGUCCUCUCGCUCGGCACUGCCCCUUCUGGGCCCUUCGCUCAGGGACAGGGAUCACCUGGGCCAGGCACAUACAGUACCGUUGAGCUGGUAACGACUGAGGUGACGGACCGAUCGAAAGUGACGGAGUUGCAUAGGGCACUUGAAGCGGUUAGGACCGGCGCUCGAGCUAGGAAGAGGAAGCUGUCGUGUAACACCAGCUCCAGGCUGACAUUUUGCCAGUGUACCGGAAUAAUGCACCAUGAUGGAUGUCGUCGAACCAGCUAACACUCCCCUAUGAAGUAGUGACAGUCAACUGGCAACCUCUAAUCGGCUGUAUGCACACUAUCCAGAGAAUUGUUGGAAAUCGGAAGGUAUCGGUGGCUGGG